ACAACCUUGAAUAUAUUUUAAUUCUUUUAAAAACUAUAUGUACCAUAUGUUGUGUGUGUGUGUGUGCGUGCUUGCUAUUUUUUUUUCCAUGGCUUGAUUAAAAGCUCUGGGAUAUAGUUUACAAGUAGGUAAGAGUAUUAAAGGACCACUAUAGUACCAGGAAAACAUACUCCUUUUCCUGGCACUAUAGUGCCCUGAGGGUGCCCCCACCCUCAGGGUCCCCCUCCCGCCGGGCUCUAGGGUGAGGAAGGGGUUAAAUUUACCUCUUUAUCCAGCUCUGGUCGGGGAGCUCUCCGCCUUCUCUCCUCCUCCUCGGCUGAAUGCGCAUGCGCGGCAAGAGCCGCGUGCGCAUUCAGCUAGUUCAUAGGAAAGCAUGCUGUCAAUGAGACUGCCACUAGAGGCUGGAUUAACCCUAAUAUAAACCUAGCAGUUUCUCUGAAAUUGCUAUGUUUAUAGAAAAAAGGGUUAACCCUAGCUGGACCUGGCACCCAGACCACUUCAUUAAGCUGAAGUGGUCUGGGUGCCUAUAGUGGUCCUUUAAAGUAAUUACUGUAUUAGAAAUAUACUAGUUGGUCGCAUUCAAUUUGCACCCUUUUAAAGUAUCCUGUGUAGUGCCAGGGACAUGCAAACAAAAUUAACAUUCGUUAUAUACUCCCCUGACAGAUUUUUAUCCAAAGUGGCCAUAGGAAUGAUAAAUAUGCACUUUAUCUCUGCAACAAAUUUGAUUUGUGUAAUGAUUUCUGUUCAGAUAUGGCCAUCUCAGAGCUUUUUGCCUCUCCCUUAUUACAGGGUUUAAUAGACAGUAUCCAGUCUGAUAGCUGUGCGAUUAUUGAGCUGCAUUUUUUUUACAGCAUUUUAUUCAUUUAUCAAGUUUUUAAAUUAUUAAAAAAAGAAUAAAAUGUAAUAGUCUACCUCUGGUGUGCUAUUAAAAGGCAUGGUGUACACUUGACCUGAUUCUCCUGUAAUAUACUCUGCUAUAAUUAGGUUAAUCUCUGAUGUCUUGGAAGCAAAGUGUGAAAAAAGAGGUUUGAUAGGUUCACGGAACAGCCUCCCAGCAAAGGUUAUUACAAGGCUACUCACUUAAUGUUUUAUAUGUUUACUUUUACAGCUAGAAAUUAAAAGAAGGGACACAAGUGACAUAACAUCAGAAUAAGUCAAUCCAUUUGACAAAGUAAAAGAUGCUUGUACUAUUUUCUUCAGCAAACGAUACUAAGAUGAAUAGGGCAUCAACAAUAUUUUAGGGGAAAAUGCAAAGUACCGUAUAUACUCGAGUAUAAGCCGACCCGAAUAUAAGCCGAGGCCCCUAAUUUUACCCCAAAAAACUGGGAAAACUUAUUGACUCGAGUAUAAGACUAGGGUGGGAAAUGCAGCAGCUACUGGUAAAUUUCUAAAUAAAAUUAGAUCCUAAAAAAAUUAUAUUGAUUGAAUAUUUAUUUACAGUGUGUGUAUAUGAUGAAUGCAGUGUGUGUGUAUGAGUGCGCAGUGUGUGUAUAAAUGCAGUGUGUAUAUGAGUGCGCAGCGUGUGUGUAUGAAUGCAGUGUGUGUGUAUGAGUGCAGUGUAUGUGUGUAUGAAUGCAGUAUGUGUGUAUGAGUGCAGUGUGUGUAUGAAUGCAGUGUGUGUGUAUGAAUGCAGUGUGUGUGUAUGAAUGCAGUGUGUGUGUGUAUGAAUGCAGUGUAUGUGUGUAUGAAUGCAGUGUAUGUGUGUAUGAGUGCAGUAUGUGUAUGAGUGCAGUAUGUGUAUGAGUGCAGUGUGUGUGUAUGAAUGCAGUGUAUGUGUGUAUGAGUGCAGUGUGUGUGUGUGAUGCAGUGUGUGUGUGUGAUGCAGUGUGUGUGUGUGUGAUGCAGUGUGUGUUUGUGUUGCAGAGCCUUGGUGGGGGGUGGGCAUUUUUAUAUAAAAAAAUAUAUAUUAUUAUUUAAAUUUUUUUUUGUUAUAUUAUUAUUUUUUUAAUAAUUUUUUUAUUAUUAUUUUUUUUAUUAUUAUUUAUGUAUUAUUAUUUUAUUUAGUUUUUGUUCAUUUUUUUGUUAUAUUAUUAUUUUGUUUAUUAUUAUUUUUUUUAUUAUUUUUAUUUAUAUAUUAUUAUUUUAUCUAUUUUUUGUCCCCCCUCCCUGCUUGAUACAUGGCAGGGAGGGGGGCUCUCCUUCCCUGGUGGUCCAGUGGCAUUGGCAGUUCAGUGGGGGGAUGAGGGGGACUGGCAGAGCUGUUACUUACCUCUCCUGCAGCUCCUGUCAGCUCUCUCCUCCUCCGCGCCGGUCCGUGCAGCUCUUCUGUCAGCUCACACUGUAAGUCGGCUCUCGCGAGACUUACACUGGGAGCUGACCGAGGUGCUGCACGGACCGGCACGGAGGAGGAGAGAGCUGACAGGAGCUGCAGGAGAGGUAAGUAACAGCUCUGCCAGCCCCCAGUCUGUAUUAUGGCAAUGUAAAUUGCCAUAAUACAGACUGACUCGAGUAUAAGCCGAGUGGGGGUUUUUCAGCACAAAAAAUGUGCUGAAAAACUCGGCUUAUACUCGAGUAUAUACGGUAAGUGUUUUGGAUGCAGUGGAUUACCAGUUAAGGUGGUUGUGAGUUUUGAGAAGAUUUUAGUGGUGGAUUUAUGGCUGUCAAGGGCAGGAAAUAAAGUGAAGAAUAGCAAAUUCAGAAAGCACUAAGCAGUGGGUUCUUAUCUGCAUUAAAAUACCUAUAUUCUUCAUGAAUCUGUGUUUUAGACAGUAUAUAAAGCUGCGUUCCAUAGUCCGUGAUGCUCGCCGUGACUGCAUUCUGUUCUCCAAUGAAUUCCAACAUCAUGCCUACCUCCCUCGAGAGAUUGGAGAGCCUGCAGAGGAUUGGCAAACCAGGUACAUAUUUUUCACCAUGCCACCACCACCAGUGCCCCAUAAACACCAUGCACAGUGCAUUCUUUUUCUGCCUUUUCUCCCCCUCCUCACAAAGCAGCUGCUUUGUAACUGAGAGUUCCAGAAGUAUCUGAACAUGUGGUUCCUGUUCAUGUGUUUAUAGGCCAUGAAUGUUGGAUUUACUUUGAAGAGGAACUGUAAUUUGUCUAAGUGUCAGUUCCUCAUUCCAUUGCCACAUUAUUUGAUAUUCCUACACUUACUGUCGUGAGGAGAGUUAAGGAGAUGAAUAUUGUUCCAGACCCCACUAAUCGUAACUCAAAUAUUCAGUGCCAAGGUGCUACAAACCCUAGGCAAGUGCCUACUGUUUCAUGAUGGAGCACACUAUUGAAUUUCUUAAUCUGUACAAAGUCUUCUGUGAUUACUUGUUAGGGCUUGCCAUGCUGCCUUAAAUCAUUUCAGUGCUGAUCACUGUAUUAAUGCUGUGAUUAGUCUGAUUAGGAUAUAUACUUGAUUAAUGAGCUCGCUGACGCUGGUCAAGCGGACUUAUUUUAUUUUUAAAAAAUGUUUUUUAUUUUUUUAGUUUAUAAAAAAUAAAAAAAUGUAAAAAUUACCCUUUUAGUGCUGGUCACAGCUGUUUAACCACAUCGCAACGUUGGGACGUGCUAUGCCGCCUUACAAAAGGAGGGCUUUAACAACGUUAGGGCGGAAUAGCAGUCCCUAAUCUGGCUUCCUUCAGGCCCAUAUACUUACCCUCCGCUCUGAUUGUGGUCUAUAGGUCCCCCUGCAUCCAAUACCAGAGAUCCAACUUGUAACCGCCGUGACAUCCUGUCACCAUGUUUACUGUUACAGUGUCUCAGCGCCUAGUCGUGUUAAUAAUUUUUUGUUGUUGGAAGAAUGUACAUUAGUGUUCAUGUUGUACAUGUAUCCUAUUAGAAGAGAGAUGGCCAUUUCACUUUAAGAACUCAUUCACCUUCACGUACCCAGGUAGUUGAGUGUCAAUGUGCUUGGUUUAUGAUUGCUGUGCUGUCACCCCUUUCUGCAGAUGCAUUUAUAAUUCCUGUGUAUGGUACUACCAGCACUGCCACAGGACGAUUCCCGUUGUUAUGGUGACAGAGGACGAGGCAGUUAUCCAGAAGUAUAGUAAUGAGACUGGAGGGGUGUAUGUGAUCUCAUUUAAGGUGAGUAUGCAUAAAUUUAACAUUAGUAAUUGCAAUGUGAAGAGCAUGUGUUUAAUCAUUUACAGCCCUGCAGUCUCCCUGUUGCAUUAGCAAUUUUGCAUGAUAACGUUAACUAUGUGUGAGCCAUGUAGGUUUAUCACGGUUUCUGCUAAAACCAGAGUAGAAACGCUUGCAUGUGUGAUCCUUGUUUCUCUGAAUGGCGCUAUUUUUAUUUAUUUUUAUGACACAUAUAGAAAAAUAUUGUGUGAAACUACCAGUUGAUUUAACAUUACAAUAAUCUUACUGCACAAUUCUGAAGACUCUUUAGGGGCCUUAGUAUGCACAAAUAUCAUAACUUGAUUCAGGAGGAUAAUUAGUAACGUGGAUAGUAAAGCUCAUUUUUUGUCAGCAUGUAUGCACCCAGGUGGCAAUUUUUGAAAUCACUAUAAUGCAUACAUUGAAAAAAGCUGUGCUGGCAAAAAGAUCUCAAUGAAUCAUCAGAGAAAGUUAAAUCCUCUGCAAUCAAAUGGAAGGGUGGUUAGAUUAUAAGCCCAACAUUUUAGCUCUCACAAAACAUUAUUAACCAAAUGUUCAUUGUGCCAGGUGUAUUCAUAAUCUCACACUUUAUGUGAUUCUAAAUUAAGGUUUAAUAGAUUAUACUUUUAAUUAUAUUCAAAAUUAUAUAUUUUUAAACAAGCAUGGUUCUAUGAUGGGGACAUGUCCAUUUUAAUGAUUGGCUGGCAUGCUGCGCUUUUUUGAAAAGUGAUUUGAUUUGUUGUAAUGUGAACAGAAUUACCUUGAAACAUUCUGGCCAGAUCUGAAAGAGGCAGUGGAACUCUAUGAAUCUCUCAGACAGUCUCAACACGAGCGGGAGGUGGAAAGCCGAGAGAAGAAUGGCAAGGAGUACCAAGAGCAUUUGCCAACAGAGAUUUUGGAAGCUGGUAUAAAGUCUGGGAGGUACAAACAGGUAAUUCAUUUAACAACUGAUUGUAAGGUUAUUUUUAACAGUGGGCUGUCAUUGUCCGUGUUGGCUAAUACAUGGGUGGUUUUCUUUCAGGGUAUCCUCAAUGUGAACAAACAUCGGUCUCAGCUAGAAGCUUUUGUUCGUCUCCAGGGCUUUGGUGGCAAAGAUACAGGUAAGUACAGGUUUAAGCUGUCCAAGGAACUUUACUCAAAAUUAUCAAGGUGCUUCUUUAACAUGAUGAUUAUUACUGCUAGAGCAGAAAACAUUGUCUGAUCUAGCAUUGGACACAAGCAGUGCUGUUUCUGAAUUCAUUAACUCCUUAUGUUUAAUGCAUAGCAUCCCUAAACUUUAUAAUUAUGGUUAAUUUUAUUAAAAUUUAAUUUCCUAACUUCUUUGUGGUGUAUCCUAUGACUACACUACCUCAUUCAACAUGAUGCUGUCACUUGCUGUUUGCUGUUCUCUAUGCUUCAGUUCUUCGAGUAAUAAUUGUUUGUAAUAAAUAUCUGUGAUUCAGACCUACAAAGUGAUUUACUGAUUCAUGGCAACAAGGCUCGGAACAGAGCAAUCCAUGGAGAUUUGGUGGCAGUGGAGCUUCUUCCAAAAUCUGAAUGGAAGGGAAAAACUGGAGCACUUUGUGAGAAUGAGGAGGAUGAGCGGACUGGGGACUCACAGACAGAAAUUAUGCCAACAGGUAAUUGAAGUCUUAAAGAACUCUGCAACAUUCGUCAGGAACUUAGAGUAGUACCCCAAAAAUGUACCCGCUAUCAUGUGUAGUGAUAUGUAAAGGUAUUGCUAUAGAUGGCAUUGUGGUGUUAAUGGGUGUGCAUGUCUGUAGGUAACUGAGUGUUGAUCUUUGUACACAGUGGUAUAUUGAGACUGGGAGAUAGUGUACGACUCACUAACUUGUAUUCUUGUGUGUGUGUGUGUUUCUGGAAAGUGAAUAAAAUAGUCAGUUCUGCAAACUAGGCCUAUGUAUUUUAUUUAAAAAAAAAUAUAUAUAUAUAUAUAUAUAUAUAUAUUUGUAGCAGUUCUACAUUGGCUACACAGACUGAUCAAAUUGUAAUCAUUGCCCUUAGGUUGUGUUGUGGGUGUGCUUCAGCGGAAUUGGCGUGAUUAUGUGGCAACCUUGCCUUCCCAAGAAGAGAUUCAGACUCGGGGCAAAAACACUCAGAAGAUCUUGGUGAUACCUUGGGACUACAGAAUACCCAAGAUCCGUAUCAGCACCCAGCAAGCCGCUGCCUUGCAGGUACUCCAUGCAGUAAAAGACCAUCUACCUGUCUUCAUAUGCAUUACUACUCUAAAUCUCUAAUCCGUUAGGCACUUUGAGGUUUAUUGUGUGAUUAGACCAAUGAAGUGACUUAGAAAUUAUAUCUGCAAACUUUAGGCAAAAUAGUUAAGUUGGAAACUUGUUUUACAGUUUAUAAAUAUUCCCAGCUCUCAGUUUCACAGUUUAACUGUAUAUGCUAUGCAGUUCAACACAAUUUGUUUUAUUUUUUUAUAUAUAUAUUUAUUUAUUUAUUUAUUUUACAUUUGGAACUGUUGCUUUUGGGCAUUUUUUUUUUUUUUUUAAACUUUAAAAAAACAUUUUUAAUCCUUUAUUUUUGUAGUGCAUAGCGUAACAUACAAAAGUACUUAAACAUUUCUUAAUAGUAUACACAUCCAAAUAAUGGCAGGGUCAUAUCAGUAAAUUGUCUGAUUGUGCUAAUUGCACAGGUUACUCAACAUUAGAGUAACAGGCUGCAUGUAAAAACCACUGGACUCCGGGGACGCUCCAGCAUUAAAGGACCACUAUAGUGCCAGGAAAACACAUACUCGUUUUCCUGGCACUAUAGUGCCCUGAGGGUGCCCCCACCCUCAGGGACCCCCUCCCGCCCGGCUCUGGAAAGGGGAAAAGGGGUUAAACUUACCUUCUUCCAGCGCUGGGCGGGGAGCUCUCCUCCUCCGAUCCUCCUCUUCUCCUCCCCGUCGGCUGAAUGCGCACGCACGGCAAGAGCUGCGCGCGCAUUCAGCCAGUCACAUAGGAAAGCAUUCAUAAUGCUUUCCUAUGGACGCUUGCGUGCUCUCACUGUGAAAAUCACAGUGAGCAGCACGCAAGCGCCUCUAGUGGCUGUCAAUGAGACAGCCACUAGAGGAAUAGGGGGAAGGCUUAACCCAUUCAUAAACAUAGCAGUUUCUCAGAAACUGCUAUGUUUAUGAAAAAAUGGGUUAACCCUAGCUGGACCAGGCACCCAGACCACUUCAUUAAGCUGAAGUGGUCUGGGUGCCUAGAGUGGUCCUUUAAAGUAAAGGUGUCUUGCUCUGCAUUAUGUGCAUGGCCUAGAAUUCAAAUAAAUGAUAGAACAACAAAAAUGAGGAGGUGGAAGCUUAGGGGAUACACUCAUAAAGGGGUUAACCCAUCAAAGACUACCAAAGUAGUAAUAAGAGAAAUAAAAAGGAGAAACUGAGUGCCCUAAUGGAAUAAAAUAUAACCUUUAAUAAUUAUGUUAAAAGAGAUAAGUAGGUGUCCAUAAAUGAGUAAGUACUCAAAAAUUCAAAAUAUAAAUAUACAAGGCUGUUUAAAUAGUGAUAACUAUAUGCACAAAUACAUAAGCCUAAAACAUAGGGAUGCCUACUAGGUAAAAGCGCUAAAUAGUAAGCUGCUACCUAUGGAGUGAGUUGAUUAUUAAUAAAGUAUCAAUAUGGAGACAGGGGAUACAUAAGUAGCAAAAACUAACAUAAGGACAACUGUAACAGGCUAUGUAUGCUAAAGCCGCUGUCUAGUAUGAAGCUAAAAACAAUUUGUAAAAAUGAGUACAGGUAGUCGCUCAAAAGGUUAAACCUAUCCUACUAGUUAGUUUCGCCUCAAACUAAAGGAGAUUAGAUUCACCAUUAAGUUGUAAGUAAAGAGGUCCUGUUCAAAAGUUUUCAGUGUCCUCUACUUAGUGCUAACUGCAAAGAGCAAUAUUGCAGUGUUCCUGACUAUAAUUACCAUAUCGUGAGCACAACCCCCAGUGAUCAGUCCAAUAAUGUGUUUUACACCCCACCUUCUAUAGAAUGUAAGCUCGAUUGAGCAGGGUCCUCUUCAGCCUAUUGUUCCCGUAAGUUUUUUGUAAUUGUCCUAUUUAUAGUUAAAUCUCCCUCUCAUAAUAUUGUAAAGUGCUACAGAAUCUGUUGGCGCUAUAUAAAUGGCAUAAUAAUAAUAAAAUAGUGACUUCGGCACUAUGACCCUUGGACCUUUGUAAAGAUGGCGCCAAUUGUGUAGUGUGUCUGUGGCUGGGUGGUGGGCCCGCUACCUCGGCUGGGCCAUCGGAACAUGACUGAAGUGCCCGACUGCUCAGUCCGCCCCUGAGUACAAGCAGAGUACGGUCAACGUUGUAUGCGGCGCACGAGCUAUGUGUAGGGUAGAUUGCCCCAGUAUGUCCAGUGGGCACCAGGAUAUCCCCCACCGGUCCAAAGAGGGAGCAGGGGGUAGGAGUGCAGCUGAGACAAUCGGUGAGUGCAGGAGUGAGGAGAUCGGCCGCCUCUCCUCAGCUCAUUUCACAGUAGGCCGUAGCAGGGUGACUCGGGGAUCUGAUAUGUAAUGAGUGCGAUUUCAGGGUCUGUCUAGUCACCCCUGGCCUCUCAGAUCAAGGGAGUGCCCGUUAGUGGUACCUGAUUUACCAGGUUUAUCACCCCAAAAGUGGUUCAGUAUUCGGGAAUUCAAGUUCAGCACGUCUGCUUUGCAUGGAGGUCCGGCUCCGCCCUGUUUACAAUUUUUGACGUACAGAGACACAACACCGUGAGAAUUGACAUGAAUUGGAAACUGAAUAGAUAUCCUACACAUAGGUAGAAAAGAGAGAUACUGAUCACCAAUUGGCAUACAAGUGAGUGUCUGCACUUUAGGUAACUACCCUAAAGUCAGGGCCAGCGUAUCCUAUGGGCCAACUAGACGGCUGCCUAGGGCGCUGCUUAAAGGGGGCUGUCAGCAGGAGCUUUACUGCUCUGCUCUUUUGGUCGACCCUUUGUUUUAAUAAUUCUAAAACACGUGCCGCCGGCAAUGUUACCGGGCGCUAGGGACACUUAAAUGUCUGUUGACUAGCGCCCGGUGUAACACUGGUCUGGCGGCAUCCACUUGAGCCUGCUUAGCCAAGCCACCCACAUGCAUUCUUAUUGCUGCGAGGGCGCUUCAAUUCCUCGCUCCAGCCCCUUGCCCUGUACGUGGGGAAAAGUGGGCAGGAGCAUAGCAGGGAGCGGGGCUGACACGCAGUGAAGGCGACCAGGCACAGGGAAGCGGCCAGGAACACGUGUCUGCGUGUGUGCGUCAGUCUGCAUGAGUGGGUGUAGCAAAAAUCCUUACACCGGCCCUGCCUAGAGAUAGAGAUAGAGAGAUCUAUCUCUAAUCUCUAAUCUCUAUCCUCAUAGAUUGGUAUGAAAGGUCAUAUUAUAAUAGCUAGGUAACCGGUAUUACUCUAAAUGUUGACCAAGGUGAUAUUGUGCAGUUGAAAAACAAAAAACAUGCAAAUCACAAGAUAAUAAACAAACAUAAACCGGUAGGACUAGCCGCUUCUAGUGCAUUAGCUCUGUGUAUAGACAGGUUGCAGCUUAGUAAACCUCGGCUCAUGACCUAGGAGAUAGACUGAGGGUAUAUAGUGGAGAGACAUACUCUCUAUAUCCAUUGUGGGCCUCAUUAGUAGCUACUCACUGUGUCCAUUAACACUAUCAUGGAGCCAAUGCAGGUUUUCCCUCUUGCCCCAGAGACCCACCAUAUGCACCAUUGUGCAUGGACCGUGAGGCUUGUCUAGCAGAGUGGCUUCUCCUUCAUCUGCGAGGACCGGUCCAAUGGAGGGGUGGGGGACCAAGCACAGACCAAAAUUGCCCAUUUCUCCUAAUCCAGGGUAGGUAGCAGGCUGCAGAGGAGACUGGCAUCCAAGAUCAUAAAUAUUGUUUAGAGUAUAAAUAGAGGAUUCUGUGAAACUAUAUGCUUGGUGUUUCUAAUCACUUCUGUAUAUAAAAUAUACUAAAAUUAACAAGUGUGUUCAAUAUAAUUAACCAAAUGUAAUCCAGCUAAAAAUCAUUGAGAAAAAAAAAAAGCCCGGACAGUGCAAAAUUUGAUUUACAAAAACAAUACCUUCAUUGCUUAAUGUUUAAAAUUGCACCCCUCCUAAUCCCCCAUAAUUCACUUUGCUUUCAUUUGUGUCUGACUGAGUUUUAUGGGAGUUAUAGCCUAGUCAUAAUGUAUGCAGCUGACCUUAUUUUGAAUAUUUUCCCUCUAUUUUCCUAAAGAAGGUCACCUACUAUUGCAACUCUAUUGCUCUGCAGUGUUUAAUGGGUUGGUUGUCUGAUAGAAAUCUAGAUUAUGAAGACAGAUAAUCAAUUUGAACAUCUAGUCUGCCCAUGUUCUUAUCUGCCUAAAUAAAUUCUCCUUAUGUGUUCCUUGGCAUGGUUUUAUCUAUACUCCAGGCUUUUGUGAAACUUAAUUAUCUAGUACACCUUCUCCAAAAAAAAAACAGCUCUACCGCCCCGUUGCAUUAUGCUAGGUUUGGACAAAAUAAAAGAAACACUAUAUAAAAAAAUAAAAUUAAAAUAAAAAGUUUAACUUUGAAGUAACUAAAUCACAAGCUGCCCAGGUGAGAGUCUUAUUAGAGUGAAUGCUAGAAGUUUUAGGCUAUUCCAUAGCAGUGCAAGGCUUGCAGGUACAUCCGUUGCAAAAAUUGCAAAAGUAAAUGUGUCAAACGAAAAACAGGGUUAUUCACAAAAGUGAAAAGGUGAUGCUAGCUGUGGUUUCCAUUCAGCCACUUUCCUUAAAUUUGAAAAUUCUCUUUGAAUAAUCUUGUUAGUCUCAAACAUUGACAUUGUAUACAACAUAUCAACAAACUUUAUUGUCAAAGAGGGAUCGUUUCCACUUGUUCAUGUAAGCAUGGCAAAGCUGGAUUAUAUGCCAGGGCCUGUCAUUCAGAUUCCUAUACAUGCAAGGCAAGUGCAAAUAGGUUUCCUCACUUGGUGUUAGGAGUGCAAAUUCAGGGCCAUUUUGAGCGAAGAUAAAAUAAAUAUGAUCUAAUUAUUCUCUGUACAUUGUAUUGAAGACAGUUAACGUGGUGCUAUAUGCGCAGUGCACUUUCCUACCAAAUCCAUCCCUCAAAAAUAAGCUUUUUUUUUUUUUUUUUUUCUACUUGAAGAAUGGUGCUAAGUAUCUUGCUGAGUGCAAUUCAACACCUGUAUGGAAGCAUUUCAAAAAGAAUAUAAGCUGUUCCAAAGUUGAAUGAUCCUCUUCCUCUUUAGGUCUUUUUGUAAAUGUAAUUUUAGAAUUUAUUUGUAAAUGAUAGAAGCCACUUUGCUUUUAUUCCAUGUAGUGCAAUAUGUAUAUUGAUCUUUUGUAACACUUCAGACAUUGGUGUCUGUUUUGAUGUUCCAGUUUUAUACCUAUGUUCAAUCGUAGCUGUAUAAAUACUUUUAGCUUACAUGAAUUGAUAAAUGAAUCAUAGUUGCUUGCUGCCUUUCUUUUUAAACCUUUUGAACAUGACCGUCUCUAUUCCCAUUGCAUAUUCUCUACUCUUUUCACGCUCAGGAUUAUCGGGUGGUUGUGAGGAUUGACUCCUGGGAGUCAACAUCCCUGUACCCCAAUGGACAUUUUGUACGCACCCUGGGACGUAUUGGAGAUUUGGAGGCUGAAGUUGCUGCUAUCUUGGUAGAGAACAGUGUUGGCGUUAAUCCAUUCUCUGAGGCACAGGUCUGUGUUUUUCCUUUUUAUUACAGUGAUAGAUUGAUAGAUGUCUACUCAAAGAGACAUAACCUAGUGAUAAUAUGAAAUAAUACAAAAUAUGUGAUCACUUGGAUCUAAUAGAAUACUUUGUCUGUAGCUGGCUGAAAUGCCCACUAACACCUCUGAUAACCCUUGGAGAGUUGAUGAGAAUUUCAGUGGACGUUUGGACCUGCGUAGGACUCAUCUGGUUUUCAGUAUUGACCCACAGGGCUGUGAAGAUGUGGACGAUACACUUUCUAUUCGAGCUCUUCCUACUGGGUACUUGGAGCUGGGUGUGCACAUUGCUGAUGUCACACAUUUUGUACAGGCUAAUUCCUACACUGACACAGAGGCUCGAGCUAGGUAAUGGAGACAUCUUGUUACAAAUGCGGUCUUCAGAGUCUUCUACCAUAUAUCUGUAUGUGAAGCAUCUUGCAAACCUUUGACAUUUUUGUCUUGUAAUCUAAAAUGUUUUGCUAUUAAAUAUUUUGAGGGAAAGUUGUAGGCUUGGAAUUUUAUUUAUUUAAAAUGUAUUACAGAUUAUAUAUACAGCCAUGUUACUCCCUAAUGUUUAAAUUUUUUCCACUGUUUGUGCAAAUCCACUUACUUGAGCCACAAUCCCUCUCCAACUCCCCUAGUUUCUGUUAAAGCACCAAAAUACCCUAGCUUUGUGAGGUGCUUUUGGUGUAUAGAUCAUGCCACUGCAGGGUCACUACCCAAUUCAUGACUGCAUUGCUCUGCUGAUUACCAGCUAUAUCCUACAGCAGCCUCCUGUGUGUGAUUUUAAGUUCCAUCAACAAAGCAGGAGAUCAUAACUUCAAAAAUAAAAACACUGUGCUGUAAUAAUGAACCAUCUUCUCGUGGAUUCUGUGUCACAAUAGAGAAGGUGUGACUCUCAGACUGUAUAUACAAAUUGGCAGAGAUUUAAACAUUCUGCAGUGGCAUAUUCUAAAUACCACAACUGACUGCUUCAUGUAGCAAAAGUAGUGUUGGUGCUCAGUGUCCCUUUGAGUUAUGUCCAUUUAAAGUAACACUUCAAACCGCUAAAGCACUUCAGUUUGCGUAAUUGAACUAGUAUUGCUGGUGCAGCAUGGCAGUUGCCACACAUGUACCCCAACUCACAGUGCUUAUCUGUGAGAAGCAGUCUUUUGGCUGAGCGAUGAUCACUAUAGGCCCCUAAAGCUGAAGUGGUGUAGGUGUUAGCUGCAUGCCCCUCUUGUUCCAAUUCAUAAAAGUGCAGAUUUUUGAAGACAACACUUUUAUGAAUUAAUUUUGCAAUGUCUCCCUGGCAGUCAAGCUGACAGUCUGACUCACUCCACUUGAACAAUCAGUCUUAUGCUUUCCGAUAUUGGGAAAUCACCACAUUUGAUUGCAUUUGUGGCAACGACCGGAAAUGCUCUAAUUCCAUCUCGACAGGAAAGGGAUACUGUGGUUAGUAACGAGAGAUGACUCCCCACUGAAGAAAAAGUUGAGUAAAAAAUGUUCACCUGGCGUAUAUAGGAUUAAAUUUUUUUUGCUUUUUAUUGUAGGGGAGGAUGCAAGGGGGCACAAUAAUCUAAAUAGACUUUAAAAUCUCCAGCAUUACAAGUAAAGGUUUUUAUAUGUAACGCUGAUGUAUCCCUGUAAAUAAGAGCACCUUGAGAGAUUCAUCUUUCUUAGAUGUUUGUUGAAGCUGUCGGACAGCUUUUAUUAACAUGUUUAUUCGUUGUUUUCAACAACUUCACAACUUUUAGCUGGAUUUGUUAUGUGUGUUUCGGGCUGCUGUACGUAUAAGUGUAAAAGGUUGGGGCAAAGAUGUAUGUAUGCCAUAGCGUGUUCACGGUUUGGUAAAUGUCCAAAUUCCAUAAUUUUUUGAUUAAUUUUUCAUGUAAUUUAUUUAUAAUCUGUAAUAAACACUGACCCUGAACUUCUUUUUGGUCAUUUACAUUUGAACUUCUAUCCGUAUACAGAGCUACCACAUAUUACCUUGCAGACAGACGCUAUGACAUGCUACCACCAAUCCUAAGCGCAGACCUCUGCUCUCUUCUGGGAGGUGUAGACAGGUAGGUAGUUCUGUUUUGUUUUUUCUUAUUUUUAUUUAUGUAUUUAUUUUCUGCAGCAAAACAUAAGGAACAUAGUAAUACAAAAUGUCACAAUUCAUUCUAGUGUUGCAUUAACAUUAUUGCAGUACUGCAUUAUUAUAUUUUAUAAUUACUUUUUCAAAAAUUUUUUUGGCAGAUACGCAGUCAGUGUUAUCUGGGAACUGGACAGUAAAACCUAUGAGAUCCGGAGAGUGUGGUACGGUAGGACCAUCAUCCGCUCAUCCUAUAAGCUUAGUUAUGAGGUGGCUCAGCAGCUGCUGAAUGGUGACCUUGAACCUCUGAACACCGAUUCUGAGCUUCAGCCUCUUUCUCAGAACCCUGCACGUCUGGAGCAGCUGUUGUGGGCACUGCGCAAGCUAACAGAGGUAGCACAAGCUGCAAGAUUCCGGAGAGACAUAAGUGGAGCUCUAGAGUUGGAAGGAGUUGAGGUACAGGUCCAACUUGGGGAGGAGCACAGUAUUGAUGAUCUGAUUCCUAAACAGCCCCUUCAAGUGCAUGAGACAAUUGCAGAAUGCAUGAUCCUGGCCAAUCACUGGGUUGCCAAGAAAAUUUGGGAGAGUUACCCCCAGCAGGCAUUAUUGCGUUUGCACCCACCUCCGCGCCAAGAAUUCUUCAAGGAGCUAAAAGAGUGCGCACAAGCACGUGGGUUUAUCAUGGACACAAGGUGAGAUGUCUGAAAUAUUGUUACAUUACUUGGUCAGAUCCCUAUUUUGCCAGUUUAUCUGUUGCCAGUUUAUCUGUUUAAGUUUUUUUUUUUUGUUUGUUUUUUUGUUAACAAAUUCAUAGUUUUUAUUAAAAGCUUUGAUGCCUAUUGCCUAAAUUUCCAGCUGCAGUUUGCUUGAUUUUAUGUGUUCAUGAAUACAAUAGAGUUCUAGAAAGUUAUUUAAUUUCUCCAGACCUUUUACUAAAAUGUUCCAUAAAUAUUCCCACGAUAAUUAGAGAUUAUUUUUUUGUGAUGUAGAACAGCUUUUUGACUGGGUAGCAGUAAUGGAUUGUAUUAUGCAAUUACAUAUUUUUUUUUUUGUCUUCCUGUAUGCAGGUCAAAUAAGGCUUUGGCUGAUUCCCUUGAUAAAGCCAAUGACCCCGCCGACCCUUUAGUUAACAGAUUGCUGCGGGCAAUGGCAACACAGGCUAUGUCUAACGCUCAGUACUUCUCCACUGGCUCAUACACAGAGGAUGGGUUUUAUCACUAUGGUGAGUGCUGUAAUAUUGGAGAUGCAUUUGAGUAUAACUAUGGUUACUGCAGAUUUUAUGUUCAGACUUUACAUCCAAAGUACAUAAUGUUGUCAAAAUAAAGGAUAUAUAACCCUAUGAUCCCUGAAGCAGCUCACUUUUUUUAAAAAUUUUUAUUUUAUACCAAUUACUGGAAAAUCUAUUAGCAAGAAUGAACCCACUAAUUGAGUUUAACAUGGUUUCGGUAAUAUGUGACAUAAGUGUAGGGGUCCAGGCCUCCUAAUAGGUUUGUCACAGGAGUAUUAUCUAGUGACUUUGGUUCUCCAUUAGAAUAAAAUCAUAAUAGUUACAUUUGGAAUCCCCAAAUCAUGCUUUGUAAAACUAGUGGUAUUUUGGUAUGACUGUAUGUAAGAAUGAAUGGCUGUUUUGCUCUCUACUAGGUCUUGCUCUGGAUAAAUACACACAUUUCACUUCUCCGAUCCGUCGAUAUGCGGAUAUCGUGGUGCACAGACUGCUUCUAGCAGCCAUCAACAGUGGCUCAAAAGGUCAUUUGCUUGGGAACAAGGAUCUUGACGAGCUCUGCCGUCAUAUCAAUGCUCGCAAUCGUGUAAGUGCACUUUGUUGAAGACCAUGCAUGAUUAUUUUUAUUCAUGCAUGUAUGACAUGAGGUGAUAUUUGUGUUUACAUUUAACUGUGUUUCUUCUUCAGGAAACUAUACCCUUUUUUUGCCUCCACUCCUACACUGGAAUGGCAGCACUCAAUGAGAGCAUUAAACAUAUACAGGGAACAUUCCCAAAGGUCCCUCACCAGCACUUUAAGAAAACCCAAAACUCAGAAUUUCCCAUCUGUCUGUUCUUGUUCCGAUCAGGUUGUCUUUAGAUAUCACUUGUGUGUUUGUUUUUUUUGGGUUUUUUUUUAUUCCGGAUUGGUGGUUGGUUUGCUUUAGCUGCCUCGUGGACCACUGGUCCUGUUUUGUUCAGAGUGCCAGAAAUAAAGGGAGAGCUAGAUUAUAACUUGAUUUGGGCAGUGCUGGAACUAAUGCAGGAGCUGCUCUGCAUUCUGAUGCAAGGGGGGUGCACUGUACUCAUGCGAAAAAGCUCUUACUGGAGUUGCUGGCACCAGUUUUCAAAGUUAAAUGCUCAGACAGCGAAAUAAGCUGUAGGGUGUGUGUCUAAUUACCUGAAGUGUGCCUACACUGCAGGGUAAGUAUUUUUUCCUAAAAAAAUCUAACCCAUCAGAUGUUGCUGAACUAGAACUCCCAUACAUCUCUGUUAAUCUAGGACAGUCAAAAGAUUUUGGUGUUAUACGCCAUAAACAUCUAGGGGGCAAGGUUUGAGUUUCCUGAUCUAAACCUUUCAUCUUAACCAAAAAAAGAUGACUCUCAACACCCUGACUCCUCUGCUGAACAGGGUUCUACUUUAAGCUUUUCUGAAUAAAAUUUUUUUGUGAUGAACAGAUUUCAUUAUUUAAUUAAGGAAGAAGCUUUAAUUUCUUAUGGAAGAAUAAGAACUUUCACAAAAGCAUAAGAAAAUCAUGUGUUUUCCUUUUCAACCAGUAUUUAAGGUUAUUAUGCAAAGGAAAUGAAAGGUGCCAUAAAAACGUAUCUUUUACACUAAAAAUUUAAACAACAUAUUUUCAGUUGGGAAUCAAGAUAGCUUCUGCUCUUUGGAGAUUUGGAUGCUGUAUAAUCUGUAGACAGUUCUCUAUAUUGCGACAGGAGAUUUUAUUUUUGAAGUUUGAGAUCUGUAAAUUAUCUGGGAAACAAACUCAGGCUGGAACUGUUGCAAAGCCACUGCUGCAGAGAUGUACUGGGGAUAGCAGAUGGAUUACUGUAGGAUCUGGUAGACUUAGAGUUGUAGAUAAAAGGCAUAUUGCACAGUCUGUUGUUCUAUGUAAUUAAUUUUUAGCACUAUUGUUUUAACUGUUAUGGAGACAGGCUCUGGCACUGAGUGUAGUGGUGGUGUGGAGACAGGCUCUGGCACAGAGUGUAGUGGUGGUGUGGAGACAGGCUCUGGCACCAAGACUAUGGUGAAGCCUAAUAGAAAGCAAUUGUUGGGGAAUUCUAUCAUAAGAGGUGUGGAGCUGGACAAUAGUGGUCUUGUGAGAUGUCUUCCCGGAGCUACAGGAGACUUAUUUGUAAUAUUGUUAAGCGAGCAAAGCAGGAAUGGGAAUUGGAUGUACUUGUCCAUCUAGGGACAAAUUACUUGGCUUGCAAUGAGGUUUCAGAGGUAAAGGAAGGUUUUUUUUUUUGUUUUUUUUUUGCCAAUGAUAUACAGCAGGUUGCUUCCACACUCAUUCUCUGAAGUUCUGUCUGUGCAUAACACUCAGAAUGACAGGCAGAUGCGUAUUAGGGACUUUAACUUGUGGCUUGAUGAAUGGUGUCGGGAGCAAGGAUUUGGCUUUAUUUCUCAUGGUAGCUCUGUUUGGAAUGGAACUAUACUGUACAAAAAAAGAUGGUUUGCAUAUUUCUCAAAAGGGAACAAAUGUUCUCAGUGAGCAGUUCAGAGGUUUUGUUAGGAAGUAUUUAAACUAUGAGGGGGGGGGCAAAAGGGUAAUAAAAGAUCAAUCCAAUUGCCCCCCCAAAACAAGGACAGAAUGUGUUAAAAAAUGAUAAGCUUAGAUUUAUGUUUACAAAUACUCACAGUUUAGGAAACAAGAUCCAUGAACUUGUGGCAAUAAUGGCAAUGAGAAUGUAGAUUUAGUCACAGUUACUGAGACAUGGUAUAAUGAGAAAAAUAACUGGGACAUAGCAAUACCAGGGUACUCUUUUUAUAUAUAAAAGCUCAGGACCCCUGGGAUCUCUAGAUCUUUCAACGCACAGGACUGCACGUCCUCAGUCUGUGUCCUUGCGAUCACUCGGACGUCUCGGGAUUUGGUGCGUUCCUUCUCUCUUGCGCUGUCUCUUCACCACACACACCCACAAAGGCAGGCAAUUCAUCUCUGCUGCAACUGAAGAUAAUUUGCACUUGCUUUUAUUCAGGACAGGGGACAAUAGACGAUAGUCCAGAAGGGCGCAAAGGGUUAAAAGUAAAAAAGAUCAAAGUUUAUUACAUGAGGCUACAAGACACUAACCCAUUUAGCACUGUACAUUACAGCUUAACUUCGUUUGGAAGAGAUCUCUGGCGAAUUCUUGUUUGACUGUGUAUUAAUGCUCGGGCGCACACGCUUAGUAUAAUUGGGGCUUGGGCAAAUACACGUAGACCAAAACCUCUGGCACUGCGCUCACAUGAUCCCUUUCUCUUCUGGCCAAUUUCUAAAAUGGUGACUGUAAAUAAGAGAAGGAAAGUUGACAGGGAGGGCCACCGCUUCCAGGGCAGGUGAAAAGUGGAAUAUUUCUUCACUGAAAUACAGAAUCACUGUGUUUGUGUGAUAUGCCAAGAGACUAGCUGUUUAAAAGGAAUUUAAUGUCAAGAGACACUACCAGUCAAGACAUAGCACAUACAACAAACAGGGCGUGACCGCAGUGAAAAGUGUUAGCAACUUGAAGCUGUUUUAACGUCACAACCGUGAGUCAAAUGAAAAUGCCACAGGGGCGAGCUAUGAGGUGGCAACGUUAAUUGGUAAAAAUUGCAAUCUUUUGCAGAGGGUGCGUUUAUCAAAGAAUGCAUUACGAAAAUGGUUGCAAAUAUCUGUCCUGAUAAGAAGCAAGAGUUUGCCAACAUUUGCUUGGCUUUUAACACUGUAGCACGGAGAAUUGAAAACGGCCAAAGGAUUUUGACUUCUUUUCAAUUGCCUGUGAUGAAAGCACGGACCUGUCUGACACAGCUCAGAUUUUUAUGAGAGGGGUGGACGAUGAAAUGAAUGUGACUGAAGAAUUAGGAAAAUAUUUGUUUGUUAUAGAUGAAACGAAACUGCCUUGGAACAAAGUUACUGGGAUUACUACUGAUGGGGCACCUACCAGGGCUGGUGAACGAAGUGGAUUAUCAACCCUAAUCUGUAACAAGGUGAUCGAAGAAGGAAGCAAAGCUAUUAAACUCCAUUGUAUCAUUCAUCAACAAGUUCUCUGUGCUAAACCAUUCAGAUAUGAUCAUGUUAUUAAACCGGUGCAAAAGCCCUGUGCCACCGCCAGUUUAAACAGUUUCUUCUGGAUAUUCAGGCUGAAUACGAAGAUGUUUUAUAUCACAACGAUGUAAGAUGGCUCAGUCGUGGGUCUGCACUGCAGCGUUUCUACUCUCUCCGAAAGGAAAUCUGAGAAUUUUGGAAACAAAGGGACAACCAGUGCAAGAACUAUCUGAUCCUAUUUGCCUGGCUUAUUUGGGGUUUCUAGUUGACCUAACAAAGCAUCUGAAUGUACUGAACACGAGUCUCCAGGGGAAAGAUGCAGCGGUGAACCAGCUUUAUUCACACCUCAAAGCCUUUGGAACAAAGCUGCAACUUUUCCUACGGUAGUUGUCACAAACAGAGCCCAAUACCAUACAUUUUUCAGUGUUGCAGGAAAUGAACAGUUUUCACAGGACAAUAUCCGUAUGCAACAGACGUCGCGUCUCUGGCUGGGGAGUUUUUUUGCUAUUGAAAAGAUCAGACUUUUCUCCUCUCCAUUCUCUGUUGACCCCAAUGAUGCUCAUUGAGCUGCAUUGUGACAAGUUACGCAGUUGUCACCAACAGCUCGCUCUUGUGAACUUUUACCGCCAACUGGAUAAGAGCCAGUUUCAAGAGAUUCGAACAUUGGCUAAGAAAAUGAUGAGCUUGUUUGGCUCAACAUAUUUGUGUGAGAAGACAUUCUCUGCUAUGAACCUUAACAAGAACCGCGUGAGGACAAGACUAAAUGACUCUCACCUGCGUGACAUUUUGCACAUCCACUACCUUUGAAUUAGACCUAGCCUAUGUGCUGCAGCCCAGAUCUCAGUUUCACCCUUCACAUUAGUGCUGGCAAGUUAAUUUUUUUUAUUUUUUUAUUAUUGAGAUGAAUACAUUGUAAAAUCUCAGUUAAUGUCAGUUGGCCUAAAUCAGUUAUACAUAUAUUUGGACACAACAUGUAUACUUGGUGUUAGGUUCCUGUUCAUAUUUUUUUUCACUUAAAAGUUGACAGACAACCUUUUUUUUAAGUAUGCCGUUCGCAAUAAACUUUGCAUAAAAUAGUUAAUUUGCAUUUAAUUAUAAGGUUCAAAGAAUGUCAGGCAAAUGGUUGGCCCUCACGCAUGUUUACUUAAUCAAAUCUGUCUCUCUUUGAAAAAAGUUUGGACACCCCUGCUAUGAGUAUCAGUAAUGACGCACCUUAAUGGGUGUGCCUGAGCUUCAGCUCAACACAUUCCCACAAUGCCUGGCCACACCUCCUCGGAGUCCUCCAAAUUCAGACACUAGAACUUACACACCACAUCACACACAAACAUUUCCUCACCACAUUAGAGAUCAUAUAGUGUCAUAUGAUUAUUAUAUAUAAAUAUAAGGAGACAGACACACUCAUACGUAUCUAUAGAGCUUUGUGUUAUCUCCAUCUCUCUGUCUCUCGGGAGGCUGAUUAACAGUGGCUGAAGGGGAAGGGGUUAAUAGUGGGUAGGGAGGUUGGCUGACAGGGAAGGGGUUCACACUGGGUAGGGAGGUUGGCUGACAGGGAAGGGGUUCACACUGGGUAGGGAGGUUGGCUGACAGGGAAGGGGUUCACACUGGGUAGGGAGGUUGGCUGACAGGGAAGGGGUUAACACUGGGUAAGGAGGUUGGCUGACAGAAACUGGCAGGGGAGGGGUGUCCCUUUAAGUGGAAUCUCCUUCAUAGCAGUUCUCAUAGUUGCUACAGGUGUUUCAGGAAAAGGUUAAAGGUGGACAUCUUUAGACUUUUAUAUCAAAAUUAUUGUGGAACCAGUAGUAAAGUAGCAGGUCUACCAAAUUCUGAGUUGAUCUGUACUGAAAUCUCUGAAAGCUUUCCAAAUCCAUUUAAGAAAAUACAUCAUGGUAAUCAGAAUAGACACCACCACCACAAAGGCUUAUCUGAAUGACAGGGAGGCACCAGAUCCAAGAGAUCAUGUUUUGGAUUAUUCUCAAGCACAAGCCUCUAUGAAGCAGAUUUUAAAGUCCAAAACAUGGCCCUCUCAUCACACAUUUAUAAAACACAAUAUGGACAUAUGAACCUUCCAGGAUGUGGUUUUCCGUUAUAAGGCGCUGCAGGCUGUCACUGCAUGACUUAGAUUCUCCCAUCUUGUUAUCUUGCUAUGUCCCAUAGGUUCAUACUGUCAAUAAUUGUACACAUUUGUGAAAAAAUACCUACAUGUUAAUUACUGUAAAUUUCCUUUUCAUAGGAUUACCGAUACUAUGUCUGUCUUUCCCUCCCUUAAAUGAAAUGUUGUACUUUUGUGUAUAUAUUGUUUUUUUUUUAGGAAUGUUUUGAUGUUUCUUAUAGUGCUGGUUGGUGGCUUGUGGGGGGUUUUCUAUGUAUAUAUGUAUUAGUGCCUGUAGUAAGUGCUGCCUAAUUUCAAUUAGGGAAUAGCAGAGCUUUGAUGUAUAUGAAAGUUAACUCGGUUUUCAUUGUUGAUGCUUUUGUUUUUAGGGAUUUCAAGCCUUUCUCAUUCAUUUUCUCCAAGUUGGUGUUUUAAGGCAAAGUGUGUCUUGUUGACUGGAGUAAAUCCAUUUUUUUUUAUUUUUUUUUAUUCCUGCAGGCAGCCCAACAGUGCCAGAAGCAGUCUGUCGAACUCUUCCAAUGCAUGUUCUUUAAAGACAAGGAUCCAGACCGUGACCUACGCUGCACCUGUGAUGCUAUAAUAUAUGCCAUUCGAACUAAUGGUGUGCUCCUCUUCUUGCCCAGGUAUAACGGUGUUCUGUGUCCUUGCCAUGGUCCUUCUGCUUCUUAUAGACUUAUCUAAUGUAACAAAUUGGAGGAGUACACAUAAACUACAACAUGUUUUAUCCUUUAUGUAAUUCAUAUUCCAAAAGUAUACACAACACAGUACACAAAUUAUACAAACUGUAUAAAUCCCCAAAUAGAUGCCAACUACGCAUGCAUAUUGUCUUUUAAUAAUGUGUGAGGCCUACCACAUUCCUAUAUGUCAGUCGAUACAACCAAAAGAAACUUUAAACAAACAUAUAUGCAGGUAAAUAUAACAUUAUAUUCCCUGGCAAAGAAAAUACUUUGUGUGAAUGAGGACAGGGGGGAAAAAAAAGCCAUAACCCCCAUAUGUCCCCUCAAUUUUUCAACCUAUAGUGUUUAUCAAUGGAAGACGAGGGUCCAGAAAUGAUCUCCAGUAAUAUUUAGCUUGUAACAAUUAAAUGAGUAAGAACACUUGAUGGGGAUGUGACCGCCACUUGGCGAUUAUGUCUAUCUAAAAUAAAAUUCAAAAGAUGCAAGUUCCAUGCUGUGACAACUCCUGGAGGAGUGUGGAAGCUGGCCUCCUUCCCACCGACUAUGGGCCAGCGACUGUAAAGACCCAUAUUUUUAUUCCCCCUGGUUUGGCACUUUCCAUUUGUGCGCAUAGAACAAACGCUAGCUCCCUGGCGGCCGUUCGCAUGGACCAAAGCCGCGAAUAGACUUCAGGGGGACUUAGCAGCGAAUGCCUUGGAACUAUUUUUGCAUGAGGACUUUGCUGUUCCCGGUUGGUCCCCAGCGACACUUAGCCGCGAUUCUAUGGAACUAUUUGCGACUAGGGGACUGUGCAGUUACCGGUCAACUUGGUCCUGCGUUUUGGACCACUUUGAAAAUGGCCAGGAGAGCACUUUUUGGAUGGAAGGUGCCUGAGACUAUGGGGGAACAAACGCUGCUUGCGAUCCAGGGGGAACGCUCUGUAGUUUGUCCGCUGGUGCCCCGGAAAGUUGACCGGCAAAAGCACCAAAUGAUCUGGAACUGUUUUGAGCAUAGGACCACGUGUGCGGCCGGUCAGAACUUUAACACUGUGGCGAUUCCCCUGUACAGCAUGGAUCUGAGUGCAAUUUGCACAACUUGGGUGCUCGGAUCAGGGGUGUUUGAGGAUGUGUAGUGUGUGUGUGUGUGUGUGUGUGUGUGUGGUUAUGUAUUUUUAUUAUGUUUUUGGGUGUUUUGAUGAUUUUGUGUAUAUUUUCCUGUAACUGAGAGAUAAUCAAAGUAAGGUCCUUUAUUUUUUAUUUUAUAUUCUUUAUUUUUGGUAGUGCAAUGGUGAACAGACAUGUAUAUACUGUCCUAUCAGCAAGAUGAUAUAAUACAGGUUAAAUCACAUGUAAGUUGCUUAACAUGUCAUGAAUAGUGCACUUUUUGUAACCUUAACGACAAAGGAAAAAACAAGAAUAAGAAGUUAGGUUACCGUGUCUAGAUGCUUGUCGAAACGUAAACUUCUUUUUUUUUUUUUUAUAAUUCUUUAUUUUUGCAGUGCAUAUCAAGGGUAUACAUGUCAGCUUGUGGUAGAUUGCGAGAAACCGAUAAUGGUUGCAGGACAUAUUAUUAGAACAGUAAUCAGAAAAACAAUGCACUUAUUUAUAUAGUAUAGACGAACAGUCCGGAGUCAGAAUUUCAGGUUAGACUCUGUUAUAGUUGUCAGGCUAGGUAUGGCUUGCUCGUGGGUUGAGCAAUGUCUUAUUGUGUAGGUGGUGCAAGUAAGUAUCACCCUGCGUUCUUGUGCGGCCUGAUUGUAAAUAUGUGGUUCGGGGGGGGGGGUGUGAGGGGCUUGGGUUGCUAUGUGUGUGUGUGUUGGCAUGCGGGUUGUCUCGACCCACCCACGUCUGAUCAGGAGACCUUUAGCAUGCUCGGGCUGGAGGCGUUAGUAAAAGAGGUGAGGAUUAUAAUUGGAGUAACUUGCGUAUAACAGAUUAAUUUAAAUUAUACAUAACACAAUACCUGUCACAAAAUCUGACCUAGCCCCCCUACAAAAGACAAUAGGAGACUUCAUAUGGCAACACAAACAAUGUCGUUUUCCGGAACAUUCUUUAUUGGCCCAAAGAUGGGGGAGGACUGGGCCUGCCCCAUCUACACAACUACUACCUCGCGGCCCAGAUAGCUCAGAUAGCCAUGUGGCAUUUGACACCAGGAGUCCGCAGAUGGGCAGACCUGGAGGCCGGCAUUAUGGGAGCAGACCUACCCCAAUUUUAUAUAUGGCUACCGAAAGAACACAGAGCCCUACAACACACCCAAUGCCCAGCAAUCCUAAACUCUAUACGGGUCUGGGACGCCACAGCCUUAAAAUAUAAACUGACAUCACCCUCCCCAAUGAUGCCAGUCCUGAGAAACAGGGCAUUCCCACCAGGAAUGCGAGCCAAAGACUUCACAAACAUAGAGGGGACGGGCCUACAAAGAGCGAUCCUUCUGUACGAGGGCCACCAGGUACUAAUAUUCGAAACCCUGGCCGAAAGGACCAGGCUACAACCCUCAGAUUUCUUCCGAUACAUCCAGAUCAGGGAUUUCGCACAACACAACCUAGCGAAAACGGCAGCACUAACUAAACCAACGGGCUUUGAGAAAACCCCCCGAAAGGGCUCAUCAUGACUCUCUACGCACACCUUAGGUCCAAUAACACUGACUGGGGGCACUUACAUUACACGACUCAAUGGGAAUCAGAUCUGGGAGAGGUCUUGGAGGGCACAGACUGGAGAGAAAUCUGGGGUGCAAACAAGGCCAGCUCAAUAUGUGUCACACAGCAGGAGCAGGCAUACAAAACCAUGUUCAGAUGGUAUACCACCCCAGUGAAGCUGUACCACAUGCGCAAAACCCCCAACGAUCUGUGCUGGAAGGGCUGCGGACACAAAGGGAUGUAUAAGCACAUGUGGUGGGACUGCCCGAAGGCCCAGGCCUUCUGGCAAGAAGUAGGGAGCCUAUUAGACAAAGUGUUCCAGAGAAGGGUGGGCAUAGAUCCAUGGGUGUGCCUUCUAUCCAGGCCAAUCGAUGAAUGGCCAGGAAAGAACCAAAAACCCCUACGCAAAAUCACCUUAGCAGCUAGACUCGCCAUGGCACAGGCAUGGCUCAAACCGGAAAUCCCCCAGAUCCAUAUGGUGAUAGACAAAAUAAGAGAGAUCCACCUCACGGCACUGGUGAGGGGCAUCAUGAAGGCAUAUGAAAAGGUCUGGGAACCCUGGAAGGUCAGCAACAGAGAGGACGGAGUCUAGAUCAGGAAAGGGAACACCGCCAUUACUAACUAACCCCGAACGUAAGCCGGACGGAGCUCCGAUCUCCGCUCCCCUUUCCCCGCCCCCAUUCUCUCUUCUCUAUCCGACACUCCUUUUUCUCAUGUGAUAUUGGGAGAAUUGAAGACCAUGAUACGAUGCCACUCGCCAUGAGCGGAGGGCGAUCAAAACAGACGAAGCACUAUACCAAGGUCUCCAUUCUCCUGCCUGGUUAAUCGUUCACUGUUUAUUGGUUAAAAUGUGUCGCCAACAACAGUACACCGAAGCUUGAGAUAACGAACAUAAUAUUGUAAGAAACGCAUUUUACGUUGUAAAUAUGUACUCAACAGUAUGAGUGUAUGUACUAAGUUAUGCAUAUCUAUAAGCCACAGUGCAAUGUCACGACACGCCAAAAAAAAAAAAUUAUACAUCAUAUGCAUAGAACAUAUACAAGAGAAUUAGGCAUAAGAGGACACCGUUGCUGGCACACGAUUCAUGUGACUGCCUCCUUUCCCUUGUUUCUUCGUGGGACGAAUGGGACAGUCCUGCCAGGGUCCCAAGUGUGUAGUAGUGGUUGAUUAGAAGGGGUCAUAGCCCCCUGUGCAAUGCCCAGCGACUGAAGGAAGGAUGAGGCCUCCGAUACCGAGGUGAGUUUCAGGAUGGUAUUGUCCCGGGUGACCGCUAGGGCCCUAGGCAGGAGCCAUCUGUAAUCCACUUUCGCUGUGCGGAGGAGGGUGGUAAUUGGCGUGAGCAUUUUUCUCCAUAGUAGUGUGUUACGGGUUAAUGAAAAAAGGUAAGCUGGGAGGAUUCAAAUGUGUAUGUGGUCUUGUCCCGUACUGCUGCUAGUAAGCGGCAUUUGUCCAGUAGAGAGUGGCAUCUCACCAUGACAUCCCUUGGGGCUGUUAGGGUACCUGCUUGGCUUUGUUGAUUCGGAAUUGUCCGUCAAAUUCCAUCUUUUUGGCUUGCGUGUGUGGCAGGAGUUCAGCAGUGAGUCUUCUUAAGUAGUGCGGUAGUUUGGUUGUGCCGACAGUGUCUGGAAUUCCCCGGAUUUUUCUGUCUGCUACGUUCCUCUAUGGUGUCCAUUUUUGUUUGGACUGCUAUGUUUGUAUAUUGCAGUUGGCGAAGGGUGUCCCCUAUGUCCUUCACCUCCUGGUGUAAGUCUAUGAUGUUGUCUUCUGCGGCCUGGACUCUUGUGGUCACAGCUUGUAUAUCUGUGCGGGCCUUGUUUGUCUGCUUCAUACAUUUGCUUUACCUCUUGUAAGAGCUGCCUGAUGUCGCGCUUUGUGGCCGGGGCCAUGUCAUCACCCUCACCUUGUAGAGUGUGUUGUGAUUGGGGUUGUUGAUGUUACCCCUGGUCCUCCGGGCUCAUCGCUGAGCAGUUAGAGCCCGUGUCCGGGUCAGGCUCCGCCGCCAUUUUGUGGGUCGCUGGAGCAGAGUCCCGAUGUCUCGGAUGUCUUUGGGUGCUCCCGCUGGCUGUUUUGGGGUUUCGCGUCGCGUUUCUUCGUCGAGAGGUAACGACUGCUUGUUUGUGGGCGGUGUCUGGUACCCAAGAACUUGGAGCAGCUGCAAGGAUAGCCGCGAGGCCUCUAUUGGUGAUGGGGCAAGGUAGGCCUGACUCUUGACGCGGGUUUUUCUGCCCUUUUGGACAAAUAAGGGCAUCAGUGGGUGUCCCCUUGUGACUGGGAGGUUUGGGUGUUUUUCCCGCCUGACUGGGACUCAGUGUGGCCCUGGUUGGCUUUAGAUUUGCCGAUGACCCAGGGGAGCUCUGAGAGAUGGCGUCCAUACGGCUCGGUGGUUAAGCUCCGCCUCCCAAAGUAAGGUCCUUUAGACUCAAUUAUCUCUCCGCUACAGGAAUUAAGGGGAGGAGUUUAUAUAUGAACCUGAAGGGAGACUGUGUAUUGUGGGUGUGUUCUACAUAAUGUAAUUAUUGCUGUGCAUGGUGCAUAAAAGGAGGCCACUUGGCCUGGAUUAAACAUUCCAGCUUGUACUCCCAGACCUAUGUGUCUUCUGGUUACUGGGAGGGGAAAGGGGUACUCCUUAAUCACUGUUCCAGUGGAGAAAGUCCUUGUAAGGACUAGCGCUCCCUGGACAAUGAGCACUUUCUGUGGGUGUAUGACUGACCUAGUCCAGCCCACAAUGGCAUUCGAACAAAUGGUACAAGGACUUACACUUGAGAAAUCAUUCAUCACAAAGCUUCAGCCAAUUCUUGACUGCACAAAGUCACCUGUGGUGACAUUAUUGCAUUCAUCAGAAAGACUUGCCUGAUUCUUACCAACGGGGACUCUGGUAUUUUGACUAAUUCAAAGUAUGCUUUAUUUCUAGGAUUUGCUUUACAUUUAAAUGUCAAAAUGUAAUAAGCUUUUCAAAUCCUGAUAGAAAAGCUUUUUUUUUUUAAUGAUUUACCUACAGAAAUGCCUAUAGACUUUAAUGAUGCCUUCUGUACAUAAUUUGGAAAGUUUUUUGCGAGCAGUAUUGAAUCAUUUGGAAAGCUUUUUAAAUCGUGGCCAAGGAUUUACUUUUUUUUUUUUUUUUGGUGCAGUUACCCACAGAUUGCAGAAAAUAGGUACUCGUGGUAGGAUAUUGGUACUUUUCCAGUCAUUUUAUUUAACAAAUCACCUCCACAAUCCAAUAAAUAUGAAGCUAAGCCAAUAACUGUUGAUAUAAGAGUGGAUGUUUUUAAUGUGUUCUUUCCUGUUUAUGUGCUAUUUAGGUAUGGUAUAAAAGGUGCAGCAUACAUGAAGAAUACUGAAGGCCUGGUGCUCUCUAGCAACGAAGAUGGAAACUGUCACUGGACAUCUGGACAUUUGCAACGCCUCUCAGACCGAAUCACAGUCAGUGCACAAACUGGAAAGUCCACCUCCUUUUGCCUUUUUGACCAUGUGACUGUGAGUAUGCUGCAUGGUUUUUAAGUCUGUAAAUACAUACACGCAUAUACAAGAUCCCACAAUGUACAAUCUGCAAAAUGUAAAAAUACAAAAAAAAAAUCCUGCGCUCAAACUCCCAUCACUCCUGGGCGUCGGCAAUGCCCAUAGUACACAUCAGCCCCAAUACAUGCAGUAAAAACCAAAGAAAAAGUUACCUGUGCUCUUCCCAAAUUCCUUUGUAUAUUUAAACAAAUAGAAGUUAUUUAGUUGCUCCAAAUGCCAUGAGAGAAUUCAGCCCACCUGCCACGUCAAGGCAAACCUCCCAGGUGGGUCCUACCCCUAACCUUUCACCUUGCUUCCUUGAGCAUAUUUGCAACCUGGAGCCACAUUUUGCUUUAUCUAAACAAACUGCUUCAGGUUUCUAUUUUAGUAGAAGGGACACAAAAUACUUUCAAGAAGCUUUCUUUUGUUAUUUUGUUUAUUAUUGGAUAACUGUAUCAUUGUGCUGUCUUUUAAUGUCUAAAAAUAAAUACAUAAAAUAUGUUCUGCACCUUACCUUAAGUUGCCUGGCAAUUUUGCAUGAUACUGAUUAGGAAAAAAUAUAUAGAAAAAUAUAUACGUUUUCUAAAUGAGAUAUUUCUUUUCUCCCCAGGUGCGUGUCAGAAUUCAAACUGCUCGUUUCCACCCAGAUAACAUUCGUUUAGAAAUAAUCAGCAACAAACCCCAUGUUGAUCCAGCAGGCCUGCCUUUAACCUCUAACAAUCUGCAUGUAAAAACUGAUUUAGUGAAGGAAGUUACACAAACUGUGUUGGAGGCUCAGCUGGCAGACGAAGAGGCUGAAGCACAAAAGUUGGACGUACAGAAUCGGGAGUACCGUCAAACACAGGGCCGUAGUCUGUACACUAUGCUGGAGGAGCUCAGAGACCUGGCACUAUUAGAUGUUUCAGGGGCUUAGAAAUGAUUACCCCACAGCAAAAAGGUUCAGGCAGAACAGUAUCUGCUUCUGCUCUGAAUUUUGCUUAAUUUAAAAAAAGGACAAAAGAGGUUCCUCCAAUGAGAUGGGGAAAUUCUGUCAUAACUAGAAUGUUGAAGCAGCAAUUAGGUAUUUACAAGUAUUACAAUGUAUAUACAGUGUAAAUAAUUAUUCUCAGGUUGCGAGAGGAGUUACAAUAAUUCCUGAUAUGGUGUUUUUAAAAAAAAAUAUUUAUUUUUUUAAUUAAGAUAGCUCAGUUUUAAAGUAGAUUUAUCUACCCUUCAUAUUAGUAUGACUGCUAUUGGCUCAAGGCCCCAUGUUGCCUGUUUUGUGGUAAAUCUGAUACCUCUCCCUCCCUUCCGACCCAACAAUGGGUUACGAUAUAAAUGAGUUCUCCAUGUAAUAUCAUUCUAAACGGACUGCCAUGCAGUUAGAGGAGAUGACUAAUACUUUAACUAUAUCUGACCAGGGAAGGUUGUAGUAGUGAUCCUGCUCAAGUCAGAAAUUUAGCAGCACAUUGUAACUUAGCCUGUGUAUAGGACCACCUGUAACCUAUGAGAAUUGUAUUGUAGAAUAAGAUUUGCAAUAAGAGACAAAAGCAAUAGCUGUAAAUAUAGACUGACUAUGGUUUGAGUGUAAAUUUGUUCUCUGCACUGCCCACCUGUGUAGGCAUUCUGGGAUUUCCUGACAGCAUCACAGGUUGGUCUAUUUAAAUGGUUCAUGCACUGAUUGCUAUCUCUGUUCUUGUAGAAAUUCUGCAAACCUCCCAGCGAUUCGAAUAUCCCCUGCACUGAAAUAUUUUUGCUUUUUAACAGUUCCUCUCCCAUUACAUUUUUUGUUUGUUUUUUUAAAUCUGACUACCAUCAGGAUCGUUUGUGAAUAGACGCUUCAUAGUAUAGAAAUAAUUUUCACCAGGAUGGGAAAGGGGUGGUUCUAAACAAAGUUAAAUAUAUUUUAAAUCAAGGUUAAUGUCCCCCCUGAAGAAAGAACCUCCAUAAUGUGCGUCUGGAAAAUUAUUGAUUUUUUUAAAAACUUGAUAAUGAUAGAUUCAGCCAGUCUCUGAUACAUCAUCAUCAUUCCUUCCAACAAAAGGUUUGUUAGGUAUGAUACCAGUCAGGAAGCAUUGUUCCUCUCAAUAAUAGCUAUAAAUUUAAAUGCUACUGUUUGUUUUGCAUUCCUAUUAUAAAGACUAUUUUAAAUGUGUGGUGUUUUUAAAAAAUUGUUUUAAUCCUCUAUCCUUGUGCACUUUGCCAAAUAUGCCUUCAGCAGUGGCGUACAUACCAGGGUCGCAGGGGGUCGCGGCUGCCCCUGCGACCCGGUGUGUACCCACAGGGCCAGCCUCUUCUCCUGGGGGGCCCAGGAGGCGGCCACCUCAGGGCCCCCCCCAGGCUGGCCCUGCUGACCCGGGCUGGCUGUGCGGCGCGCUGGCUAUGCGGCGCGCAAGGGAGCUGAAGAGGAAGCACUCAGAGGAGAGUGCUCCCUCGUGCACCGGUCACCCAGACAGCCAGCCCGCCCAGCAGCACCACUUUACCCCAGGGAAUCCCCUCAGCUCUCCAAAAGGUAAGGAGGUUGGGGGGAUUAAAUUAAAAAAAAUAAAAAAAAAAUUUGUGUGUGUCUGUUACUGUGUGUGUUUGAUGUCAGUGAGUGUGUGUUUGUCAGUGAAAGUGUAUGUUUUGUAAGUGAGUGUGUAUGUCUGUCGCUGAGUGUGUGUCUGUCAGUAAAUGUGUGUCUGUUAGCUACUGUGUAUGCGUCUGUUCGUGAGAGUGUGUGUCUUCAGCAUUUACCUUUCUCCAGCGUCGGACUCCCUUGGCGCUGGGGUCCCUCCGCCUCUCAGCUCCGAAUGCACAUGCGUGGCAAGAGGCGUGCGCAUUUAAACCGCCCAUAGGAAAUCAUUACUCAAUGCUUUCCUAUGGACGUUCAGUGUCUUCCCUCUGUGAUUUUCACAGUGAGAAUCAUGGAAGCUCCUCUAGCGGCUGUCAAUGAGACAGCCACCAGAGGCUGGAUUAACCCUCAGUGAAACAUAGCCGUUUCUCUGAAAGGGCUAUGUUUUCAGCUGCAGGGUUAAAACUAGAGGGACCUGGCACCCAGACCACGUCAUUGAGCUGAUGUGAUCUGGGUGGCUGUAGUGGUCCUUUAAAAGUGUGUGUGCGUCACGGGGUCGCAGCCCUGCAACCAGGUGCCCGCCGUCAUGUGUUGCGGCCCCCGACCCGCGCUAAGCGUGGGGGGCGCCACGGAUCAAUUUUUGCACCGGGGCCCCAUGGGUCAUGUGUACGCCACUGGCCUUCAGUAUUACUCAGUACAUAAAUUAGUUGUGUGCUCCCCUAAGGCGGUAGCAUUGAUGCUUGUUAUACGAAUUGUGUGAUGCCCCUCUGAGUGAGUAGUUGUGUGUGUGUGUGUCUGUCUGUCUGUCUGUCUGUCACAUGUGUAAGCAAGCAUAAUCCAAAAUCUGCUUGUUCAGAGGUUUUAUUUUCUUAUGAAGCUGCCCACAAGUUCCUUUAUUGUUCAUAAAAUACAUUAG